UUGAUUGCAUAUUUAAUGCACUGUUGAGUCAUCACAUCAAUCGCAACCGUUCCAAGUGUUCGAGGGUAGAAGUGAAUAAAACUAAAUCAUCUUGAUGAUUUUUCCACAGUUCAACAUGAAUCUUCUACAGAUAGUCACCUUAGUGUCAACCUUUUAUAACGUAUAUUCUUACACAUAUGAGUGCGAAAAUAAUUAUGAAGCUGAUGAGUUUUGCUUGAUUACUCUUUAUAGCUAUUAUGUUGAUCCCGAAAUAUGUAAAAUGCACUUUCCAGAGUUAGAGAGUAUCAAACUACAACAAGUGCGAUUCCUAACACCAAGGAUUUUAUUUAGAAUGACAGCAGUGAAACAGCUUGAUAUAUCACAUAGUGAAAUUGCGUUGGCUUAUCUGAAACCCGGUUUGGAGUACUUGAGAAUAUCAAGAUCCCAGCUUCAAUCAUUAAUUAUCGACCCAUAUGAACCGAAUCAACUGAUGGAGCUUUAUUUGCCGGAAAAUCAACUCGUCAGAUUGCCGAAACAUUUGAACCAGUUGAAAAACCUAACAUUUUUGGAUCUUUCGGACAACCGAUUAUCAUACCUAGAUUUGAAUGACUUUUCCGGACUUGAAAAUCUGACCACGGUAGUGAUGUAUCAAAAUAAUAUUCACGUUGUUUUUUCGAGCACCGAAGUCAAGUUGCAAUCGCUGCAGGAGCUCAACCUAUCGAAUAACGGAUUGCAAGUACUCGACAUAGCGCGACUUGAUGCACCUAUUUUAAACGAUCUAGAUUUGUCUAGCAAUAAGUUGAGCAAGGUGGAAAGUUUGGCAGAACGUUACCUUAUUCUAGCCAACAUUAAUCUUGAAAAAAAUCCAUUGGAUUGCUCUUGGGUGGAAAGUUUGUCUUCCCACAAGAAUAAAAAUAAUACUUUUGACUGCAUCCAGCCACUAGAACAGGAAGCGUUUGUAAGUGCUUUUAAACAAGAAACCGCUGCAAGAUCCUUGCUGGAAAAAACACUUCAUCAGAUAGUAAUCAAUCGCUCGGCUUUGUCUUAUGAUAUUGAAAGCAUUCUCGAUGAUUUGAUGUGUAAACUUUUUGAAUGAAAAAUAAAGCCAUUUAUUAAAAUGCAUCGUUUGUGUUUCUUAUGGAAAUAAAGUUUUUUAAUAUAAAUAA